CGCUGCAGGGCAGGCGGCGGAAGGAGGAAGCGUGAGCGCGGCGCGGGGCCAUGGCGCUGCCCGGCGAGCUGUGGGCAGAGCUGCCCGCCGAGAAGCGCAUCUUCAGCUCCGUGCUGCUCUUCUCAUGGGCUGUGUACCUGUGGGAGGCCUUCCUGGCGCACCGGCAGAGGCGGGUGUACAGAACAACAACACACGUGCCGUGGGAAUUGGGACAGAUCAUGGAUUCAGAAACGUUUGAGAAAUCUCGGCUGUAUCAGUUGGACAAAAGUACUUUCAGCUUCUGGUCGGGGCUGUACUCAGAGCUGGAGGGCACUAUGAUUCUCAUCUGCGGAGGAAUUCCUUUUCUCUGGAAUCUGUCUGGUCAGAUUUCAGGCCGUGCUGGGUUUGGACCAGAAUAUGAGAUUGUUCAGUCGUUGGUGUUCCUGCUGCUCGCAACGCUGUUCAGUGCCCUGACUGGUCUCCCGUGGAGUUUAUAUAACACUUUUGUCAUAGAAGAGAAACACGGCUUCAAUCAGCAGACAUUGGGAUUUUUUGUUAAGGAUGCCAUCAAGAAGUUUAUCGUGACACAGUGUAUCCUGUUGCCAGUGACAUCCCUUCUGCUUUAUAUUAUUAAAAUAGGGGGAGAUUACUUCUUCAUCUAUGCCUGGCUCUUCACGUUAGUUGUGUCCUUGGUGCUCGUUACAAUCUAUGCAGACUACAUUGCUCCUUUGUUUGAUAAAUUCAUUCCGCUUCCUGAGGGAGAGCUCAAGCAACAAAUUGAAGUAAUGGCAAAGAGCAUUGACUUCCCGUUGACAAAAGUGUAUGUUGUUGAAGGUUCUAAGCGUUCCUCUCAUAGCAAUGCUUACUUCUAUGGAUUCUUCAAGAAUAAGCGGAUUGUGCUGUUUGACACCCUCCUGGAGGAUUAUUCUGCAUUGAAUAAAGAGCCAGUAGAAGGAGAAGAGGGUGAGAAUGAAGAAACAAAGUCUAAAACAAAAAAUAAAAAGCAAGGAUGUAAAAAUGAAGAAGUUCUGGCUGUCCUUGGUCAUGAAUUGGGUCACUGGAAGCUGGGUCACACUGUCAAAAACAUCAUUAUCAGCCAGAUGAAUUCCUUCCUCUGCUUCUUCUUAUUUGCCGUUCUGAUUGGCCGAAAGGAACUCUUUGCUGCAUUUGGCUUCUACGAGACUCAGCCGACCCUGAUAGGCUUGAUGAUUAUUUUCCAGUUUAUCUUUUCACCUUACAAUGAGAUUCUCUCCUUUUGUUUGACUGUAUUGAGCCGACGAUUUGAGUUUCAAGCAGAUGCAUUUGCCAAGGAACUUGGAAAGGCUAAAGACCUAUAUUCUGCUUUGAUCAAACUAAACAAAGAUAACUUAGGAUUCCCCGUUUCUGACUGGAUCUUUUCAAUGUGGCAUUAUUCCCAUCCACCCCUUUUAGAAAGACUUCAAGCCUUGAAAGAUGCAAAGCAAGAGUGACAGGAGCCUGUGGGGCAGAGACAACGCUUCCAUCCAGAGGCAAAGUUAGGAGCAUCCUCUUAAAAACGGGUGUGAUGUUAACAGCACAACAAAUCUGAGAAUCCUGAAGCAGUAUUAAAUUAUGACUUUGUUUUUUUUUUGUGUUUUUUUUUUUUUUUUUUAACCAAAAACAAAGUGAUGGAACUUACAUUAGAAUAAAGUCUUGGGGGAAGGCCAA